GGUGAGGCGAUUCUAGAGAGAGUUUUUUCCUUGAAAAAAAUCCACAAAAUUCAGGUAUUUAUAGGUACCAUUAGUGCACUUGAGCCUCUGCAGUGAAGAACUACCCACCACCUAUAAGUAAAGGAGAUAGCUAGCACCACAAGUUGAAACUUAAAGGGCUCGCCGCACCCUUUUGGAUUUCCUUUCUUCACUUGUUAAUUUCUUUCGUUAUUUAUGCCAUAUCUUAGCUCUUUCGAAGAUAUUCUCUUUUCUGAUCCUUUUUGGUUUCUCUAAUUUCGAAGGCCUACCCCCCUAAGCUAGCUUCAUAUAGCCUUUGCUCUUGAGUCUUUCCUUGCUUAUUCCACAAGUUAUUCAGUCUGCUUACCUAUCCCUUGUCUUCCCCCCCCUUCUCUCUAUAUAUACGUACAAUCCCUUUUCCAAUCCCAACUGAAGUUGCAGCCUCUGUUGCCCUUUAAGGUUCUCUCUAACCUCGUUUUUUCUCCUCUUGUUGUGUUUAAUUUUAUUACAAAUAGUUACACACGCACACAUAUAUAUUAUGGGAGAAGAGAGAGUGAAUAUGAUAGUGGUUAGAGAAUUUGAUCCAAGAACAGAUGGAUUUGGUGUUGAAGAAGUAGAGAGAAGAUGUGAAGUUGGUCCCGGCGGCAAGCUCUCUCUCUUUACCGACCUCUUGGGUGACCCAAUUUGCAGGGUCCGCAAUUCCCCUGCUUUCCUCAUGCUGGUGGCCGAGAUAGGAGAAGAGAUAGUGGGGAUGAUAAGAGGUUGCAUCAAAACCGUUACAUGUGGCAAAAAGCUUUCAAGAACUGUGAAAAACAGCUACUCCUACAAUGUCAUCAGUAAUAAUGACCUUUCCAAACCCGUCCCUGUUUACACCAAAGUUGCUUACAUUUUAGGCCUUCGUGUCUCUCCUUCACACCGGAGGAUGGGCAUAGGCCUAAAAUUGGUACAUCAAAUGGAAGCUUGGUUUCGUCAAAACGGCGCUGAAUAUUCCUACAUAGCAACUGAAAACGACAACCACGCUUCCGUUAAGCUCUUCACCGACAAAUGCGGCUACUCCAAGUUCCGUACUCCCUCAAUCCUAGUCAACCCGGUCUUCGCUCACCGGGUCCCUGUAUCAAACCGUGUAACAAUCAUCAAACUCACCCCGUACGACGCCGAGUUGCUGUACCGACGACGAUUCGCCACCACCGAGUUCUUCCCUCGGGACAUCGACUCCGUCCUCAAGAACAAGCUGAAUGUGGGGAAUUUCUUGGCCGUGCCACGUGGCAGUUUAAACUCCGGAUUGUGGGUCGGGUCGGAAAACUUUCUAUCCGACCCGCCGGAGUCGUGGGCUGUGCUCAGCGUGUGGAACUGCAAGGAUGUUUUCAGGCUUGAAGUGCGUGGCGCGUCGCGCGUGAAGCGGACAUUUGCUAAAACAACGAGAGUUGUCGACAAGGCGUUGCCAUUCUUGAGGUUGCCUUCGGUGCCUGCGGUGUUUAGGCCCUUCGGGUUGUAUUUUAUGUAUGGUUUGGGGGGUGAAGGACCACGCGCAGCUAAAAUGACGAAAGCGUUGUGUGGUCACGUGCAUAACUUGGCUAAAGAGAGUGGAUGUGGAGUGGUGGUUACUGAGGUAGCAAAUCGCGAACCGCUUAAGUUAGGAAUACCGCACUGGAAAAUGCUAUCGUGCGCAGAGGAUUUGUGGUGUAUUAAGAGGCUCGGGGAGGACUAUAGCGACGGGUCUGUUGGUGACUGGACUAAAUCACCACCCGGCUUGUCAAUUUUUGUUGACCCUAGAGAGUUCUAAACACUUUCGCAGUAGAAAAAGAAAGAAAACUCUUUACACGGAAAUCAAAUGUUUUUUUUUUUUUAGAAAUUUUUUUUGUAGUGUCUUAGUAGGGUCUUCGAUCGUGGAGAAUUUUCGGGGAUGGAAAAAAAGGGAAUGAGAAGAUAUGGGGUUCUGUUGUAAAAAACGGGGAAUAUCCUCACUUUCAAUAAUCCUCUCAACUUUUGUAAAUGGAUGUGGCUUUUUAGA